AUGCCUUUGCCUGCCUCGGAACGAACACCGCUUCUUCGCUCUGUGUCGCAACGCCAACAGAAUGCCAUAGACAUUGCCGGAGAUGAAGUCACAGCUGCAGAAGUAGCGCAGCAAGGCCAAGGAGCCGCACCCCAGUUCCCAGCUGUGGGAAAUGACCAAAGCAACUCGCAUGGGCAGUCAUUCGCGUCUGUGAGCCAUUCUGCAACAGGACAAGAGACAGAGGAAUUGGCCAAAUUCGAACAAGAUGGCAAGCUUCAAGGAGUCGGGGUCUGGAGAUUUCGAUGUGUGUUUGGAGGCAUCUUAUUGGGGUACUUUAUUGCCAUGUUUGACUCCACUCUCAUGGCUUCAAGCCACCCAGUCAUCACAUCCUACUUUCAUGCAUCCAACUCUGCAUCCUGGUUGUCGACUGCCUUUUUGCUUACCUCGACCUCGCUUCAGCCUUUGAUGGGCCGAUUUUCAGACACCUUUGGUCGCCGGCCUCUGUAUUUGGCCGGCCUCGCUUUACUUGCUGCUACGACGGCAUGGUGCGCUCUUGCACAGAGUAUUGCAAGUUUUAUUCUUGCGCGGGCCUUUUGUGGUAUUGGUGCAGCUGGCGUGCUGUCAAUGGGCAACAUCAUGACUAAUGAUCUUGUCAGCAUAGAGGUGCGAGGCAAGUACCAGGCAUACAUCAAUCUCUUUUAUGGAGGCGGAUCUGCCUGUGGUGCCGCAUUUGGUGGAUUCUUGUGCGACAAAUUAGGUUGGCGGAUGACUUUUGCUCUACAGGUACCAGUCAUACUUAUCCUCCUGAUCAACGCCAUUGUUAUGACGCCGUCUAGUCUUGGGCCCAAUCUGGCAAAAAGGUUUGGACUGGGCUUCCGAGACGCAAUGAAUGGCUUUGAUAUAGCAGGGUCGAUCUUGCUGACCGUAUCUGUUGCAUUUCUGAUCUUAGGCCUGAAUCUUGGAGGCAACGUCUACCCAUGGAAACACUGGUUGGUUAUUACUUCACUUGUAGUAGCGCUUAUUACCGGUGUCGUGCUCAUCAGAGUCGAGUCGAGAGCUACGCGGCCAGUCAUGCCGCUGCCCAUGUUGUUCAGCAAACCACGCGGCAAUCUCGUCUUCAACAACUUUUUCGCUCAGAUUGGCAUGAACACAAUCCUAUUCAACGCUCCAUUGUAUUUCCAGGCUGUCGAGCUCGAGAGUGCAUCCGUAUCAGGUUUCCGUCUUGCCGGUCCUUCAGUUGCACUGACUGUUUGUGGCGUGUCGGCCGGCUUCAUCAUGACUGCGACGGGUCGCAUGAAGUGGCUUAUUGUCGUUGGCUCACUCUCAAUGCUGCUAGGUGCUACAUGCCUCUCUUUGAUGUUCAAUGUGCCAAAGUGGCUCGCCACCGUCUUCUUAGUCCCAUCAAGCGUUGGUCAAGGCUUGAGCUUUCCAGCAACAAGUCUCGCUGUUCUUGCGACAAGCACUCAGGAAGACCAGGCGGUCAUGAGCAGCACACUCGUUUUGUGGCGUAGUUUGGGCAUCGUCAUGGGAGUGUCACUGAGCAGCCUCAUCUUACAGAACGCGCUGGCAACAUAUCUCGAUAGACUAGUCACUGGACAUGAUAAGGCCAAGAUCAUCCAACGCGUCCGUAGCUCAGUUCGCAGCAUAGUUGACCUGGACGCCAAACAUCAAAGCCAGGUCAUCGAAGCCUAUAGUCGUAGCCUGCGUCUAGUCUUCAUCUCGGCGAUGGCCACAUUUGUCAUCGUCAAUGCACUAGUUUUUGCGAUUAAAUUACCGCACUUGAAAAAGAAGAAAGAGCCUAUCUCCGAGAAUGGCGAAGAGAAUGAGCGGUGAUGUAAUGCAGUGUGAUAGGAUGGGGUCGAGGAUUGGAUUGUGCGGGUGUGCUGCACAAGCGGAGCGGGGGCGGUGAGGCAGUGCAGGAAGGUAGAGCGGGACGCGGAGAACUUGAACAUGUGGUUUGAAACAUUGCGGUGUACACGUAUGAUCUAUAGCGGGUGUAGACAGCAAACCGAUUGGAACCUUGGAAAACGCGUCAAGGCUGAUUCACGGUGGUUCAAGGGGACAAGAGAUACGGGCUUGCAUUACCUGUUCGAAAUGUAGUGAGUGGAUAUGGCAACGAUGAUUCCAUUCUAAGUAAGCCUUAUAAUGGGGCCUAGGUCAAAUCGAAAGAGGCUAUUCUGUGGCAAGUGCAUGUAUCGAACACUAUUGAAGAAUGGCUGAUCUAGUUCCAAAGGUGAUGGACUGCGGUCUCUGUCCUUGCACAUGUAGGUCUAGAUGCACAACAGCCGGUACGCUAAAUUUUUUUCAAGCAGCAACAGCUAGACGCGG